GAAUUUCCUUCAAGAUAUGUUGUUGAAUUAUUACUAUUUUCUUUUAGAAUUUUUUUUCCCUACUUCCGUUCCUUAAAAAGUUAAGGAACAUAGUUCCGAAAAGAUGUAGUGAGACUGUCUUGCCUGCUUUUGAAACAUAGUUCCGAAAAGAUGUAGUGAGACUGUCUUGCCUGCUUUUGAAACAUAGUUCCGAAAAGAUGUAGUGAGACUGUCUUGCCUGCUUUUGAAACAUAGUUCCGAAAAGAUGUAGUGAGACUGUCUUGCCUGCUUUUGAAACAUAGUUCCGAAAAGAUGUAGUGACACUGUCUUUCCUGCUUUUGACAAGAAUUGAUGAAGGGAGGUUUAAAUUACCUGCUUAUGAGAUCAUAUUCCAUCCAAUCUUGUUUGACUGCUUAAAGUUAGUUAACCCUUUUAAGUGUUAAGGCCAUCAGAGGCAAAGGUCUUUCUUUAGGGAAGUAAUCCGGCUAGCAAAUAUAUAACAGAGUGACCAUGGCAGAAGCAGGAUCUAGGGAAAUGGAACCUAUGUUGACUACUAGAUUGGCUGUUCCUAUAAACUGUCAUUGGCGAUUUAAAGAUAAUUUUUGUUUGGUUAUACAACAUUUUACAAUGUCUUGCGUGAUGCAUGCAACCUGCAAAUCAUACCUCAUUUUCAUUGCUGGAAAUGGCCUUAUUAGAGUUGCUUAUAAAAGUGCAUCAAGUAUGAACCUUAACCAACUAAUGCAAUUGGAGGUCAAAUUUAUCUGUUUCACUACACUGAGCAUGCAUCUGGGAAAAAGUUUCAGGAGAUUCUUGAAGAAGCAUUCAUUCACCCCCUCCAAGUUGAAGGGGAGCUAUAUAUUGGAAUUCCUCCAGAACUUGAUAUUUCACCGAUCAUACAAUAUGGUUUUAGCAGAAAGUAUCAUGGUAAUUAUAAAGCUGGAUUUUGUGGUUCCACCAGGUGUUGAAUCUCGACUUGCAAUGCUCGCACUAGACAUAGAUUCUCUGAACAAGUUUUUUAAGUUGGGCAAUCGGCCUGAUCUGCCCUCUAGCUUACAGCCUGUCCACAUUCCCCAAAUUGCAACAACACUUGCUGCUGCAUUUAACAUGCUCAACUAUCGUCGUGCAAUUAUUCCUGCUGCUAAUGGACAUUGCUCAGCCCGUGCACUUGCACGUUAUUAUGCAGCCUUAGUUGAUGGUGGUGUGGUUCCGCCUCCGCAUUCUUCUUCCUCAAAACCUCCACUUGGUAGUCACCCCUACAUGCCUAAAUUUUCUCCCCAAAAUUCACUGAAAGAGCAACAAGAUCCUAACCAAAAUCAAGAAGAUGUUGAGAGUGGAAAUCAUAGUGAUGAUCGUUUCACUAAGCUUGUUGAUCAUGAUACUGACCCUUCAAGUAAUUAUGGUGGUAAAAUAUUUAGAAACUCUAGAAUUCAUGAUGCUUUCAUGGGUGUGGGUGAAUAUGGGAAUUUAGUUAAGCCAGAUGGGAAAUUUGGACUAGGUUUUAGGAGGUUCAUCUCAAAGGAGGGUUCACUUAUUGGAUUUGGGCACCCUGGAAUGGGUGGAUCAACUGGAUUCUGUGAUAUACAAAAUAGGUUUGCUAUAUCUGUGACCUUGAGCAAAUUGUCAUUUGGUGAUGUGACUGCCAGCAUUAUUCAUUUAGUUUGUUCAGAGUUGAAUAUUCCGGUACCAGAAGAGUAUUUGGGAUUUAUAAAGAUGGGUGCAGAUGCACAAUUAAACCUGGAAAGACCUUUGAUUAAUUGAUAGUGGGAAAAAGAUAUUCCCCCUUCAUUGAAUAAAAUUUGUAAUGUAUUUAUACUUUGUACCAAAUACUCAUACAGGAUUGGAGAAAGUCUACAAUGUUAGUAGAUACUACAAUAAAUGUACUAUUAUUGCAAA